GCAGUGAAUCACUACAAAAAAAUCAGCAUAAAAUUUGCAGUAAAAUCGCAAUCAUCCCUUUCUUCAGAUCCAAUCUCACCAUCGAUUAAGGAUGAUGAGCAGAAGAGCUGCUGUUUCUGCAAUCGAUCUCAUUCAUGGAAGAGGAUUUCUCAAUGGAUGCUCGCAGAAAUCGGGUAUUCUCUCUCCUGUAUUCUCUCUCUUCUCUUCCAAGGCUUUUCAACCUAAGCAGCCCAGAAUCGAUUUCAAUUGUGUUAAAAAGCUUGACGAUGCUAUUGAAUUGUUUCGAAAAAUGAAGAGUAUGCGGCGGGAGCCUUCUGUUCGAAUGUACAACAAUCUUUUGAGUGUUACUGCAAAGAUUGAGCAGUAUUCUUUUGCCCUUUAUAUGUUUGGUGAAAUGCUUAGGAUGGGUGUCCAGGUUAAUGAUUACACAAUGAAUAUUUCUGUUAACUGUUGUUGUCUCUUGAAAGAUAUAUACUCUGGUUUUUCUAUAACGGGAUUCUUUUUCAAGAUUGGUUACGAACCAGAUGCCGCGACUAUCGCCGCUCUCAUUAAUGGGUUUUUCUUAGUUGAUGGAUUGUGCAAAGCUGGACUGGUCAUUGCAGCCCAUGAUUGGCUUCAUAGAUUAGAAAGUAGUGGGUGGAGUCCCAACGUUAAGGCUUAUAAUGCACUAAUUGAUGGAUUCUGUAAGGAAGGAAGGAUGAAAGAGGCUGGGAAUUUAUUGGAAAGUAUGGCGCAACAAAAAGUUUCGCCCGAUGUCGUCACUUUCAGCACAUUGAUUGAUGCUUAUUGUAAAGAAGGAAAGAUGGAAGCGGCUGAGAGAAUGUUGGAAAUUAUGACGCAAGAAAAUGUUUAUCCUAAUGUCGUCACUUUCAGCACAUUGAUUCAUGCAUAUUGUAAAGAAGGAAAGAUGGAAGCGGCCGAGAAGAUGUUGGAAACUAUGAUGCAACAUAAUAUUUGUCCCGACGUGUAUACUUAUACUAUAUUAUUGGAUGGGCUAUCCAAGCGUGGGAUGGGUGAUGAUGCUCGGCUUUUGCUAUCCGAGAUGGUGGAGAAGGGCGUCUCGCCUAAUGUUGUCACGUGCAACGUAUUGAUAGAUGGAUAUUGCUCGCAGGGCGAGAUGGUUAGAGCCAGAGACCUCUUCAAUUCAAUGGCAAAGACGGGAAUCAAGCACGAUAUAUUCACCUAUAAUAUCUUGAUUAAGGGAUACUGCAAGGUGGGAAACCUUGAUGAAGCAUGGCGUUUCUUUGAUGAAAUCUCACAUGUAGGACUCACGCACUCCACCGUGUCGUACAGCACGAUGAUGCACGGGCUAAUACGCCUAAGUAGUUUUUUAGACGGGUGGAAGCUUUUCGAGUAUAUGGAAGCUCAGAAGCUGCAUCCGGACCUCUACACCUACACCAUCUUGUUAGAUGGCUUCUGUAGGAUCAGUCGGAUUAAUGAGGCGUUUGCAUUUUUGAGGGUUAUGGAGGCUAAAGGGGUGAAUCCUAAUAUUGUAACGUACGGUGUUAUGAUCAACGGCUUGUGCAAGGGCGGCAGACUUGAUGAUGCUAUGAGGCUCUUCAACCAUCUCUGUUCCAAGGGCUUAAAUCCAGAUGUGGUAAUCUACAACAUGAUGCUCAAUUCCCUCUACUGUGAAGGGCGUGAAGGGGAGGCGAAGAGGUUGAUGGAGGAGAUGGAGAAGAGUGGCUGCGCGCCUGAUGGCAUGACCUUCAACAUUAUAGUGUGGAAUCUUCUGAAGAGCAAUAAGAUGUGUGAGGCGAUUCCUUUCUUGGAGGAGAUGUGCAGGAGAGGAUUCAAGGUUUUUUCGGAGACCAUAUCUGUUUUGCUGCAGGAACUAGGAAUAGGAGAAGGAAAAGAUGAGAAAUUGCAAGAGGUUGUUAGGAAAGUUUGUGCUCAAAAUUGACAAGUAAAUGCUAUGUCUUUGCUGAGCUUCAUGGAUGGCCAAUUCUCAAGGUUAGUUACAAACAUACGUUAAUGAAUAUAUCCAUCCUCAGCAGCACUCAUUGUGGAAAAUAUAUUUUAAAUAUUUGACUGA